CAUUGUGAUUUAUGUGUGGGUUUUUUUAAUUUAGGUAUACAAGCCAACGUGAUAUUUCUCGUGCACGUCUUUGGUUCUAUGAAGGGAAAAGAAAAAUUAUGCUUUACACAGAGAGGUCUCAUUUUUACCACAGAUAUAAGAUUCGAGGUGUUCAGAAUUUGAUCAUUUAUUCGCUCCCAGAGAGGAAGGAGAUUUACCCUGAGGUUGGAUGGAAUGAAAGUGGUCAGCCAAUCGACCCCAACAACUCCAUGUUUGUAAGUUACAUUGGAGCUGUUGUUCGUCAAAAUAUCCCUAUUACAAUCGAUGACUGGAGAAAUAAGGCGUUGAAGGAUGCCAAAGAUAUAUUGUGGAAUGAUAUACAGAUAAAUUUUUUGAUCCACUCUUUUGUAAUUUAUUAUUUUUUCCAUUGAAAUACUUUACUCAAACUAUAUCUUUAUUUCGUUUGCAGACUGCUUUUGUUCUUGAUGAGGUGAGAAAGAAUUACGUCUUGAGAGUUGCUGGAAAAAUACUCAGGGUUUUAAAUCAAUCAACACCUUAUAAAUAUUUCUAUUCCACAUUUUAUUCUCACAUUUUCCAUAUUUGCAUAUUAAUUAAUGUAUCCCUCAAAAGGUUAUUGUUGUACGUAGCGAGUCCUGGAUGAAUUCUUGGGAAAUACAGUUUUCCCGUUCAUCUCACAAUAUAUUAUACUCAUGAAUUCAAACGCUCUUUCAAUCCUUACCUUAUUUAGAUGUUUUCUCAAACACAAAAA